CCUAAGACUACAAAAAUAGCUGGAAACAAUUGCAGCCUGUAUUCUUCUGUGAAUUCUAUGGAUGGUCACAGUAAUUCCAUGAAUAUCCAGAGUGCAAACCAUUCCUCAUAUGAACCAAACACAACCAACAAUCUGGAGGAUGUUACAAAGACCCCUUCCUUAUGUAAAAAAGCAAAAGUCCUUAAUACUAACAGUAAUAGAACCAAAGGUCAUCCACAAUAUUCAUCUGUUCAUGUUAGAAAGAAAACGACCUCAUGUAAUAGACGGAGUCUUGCAGACACUGACCUUAAUACACCCACCGUUCAUACACCACAAGAUCCAUCAACUCUUAUUAAAAAGAAUUCUUUAUCAUGCACUAGUGAAAAUCUCUCCAACAUAAAGUCACCCUCUGGUCUUACUCAUACACUUACACAAAUUAAGAAGGAAUCCGUAUCAUGUGACAAUAUUAAGGAAACAGAUGCUGACACUUCUACACCAGCAGAUCAUCCACAAAGAGGUCCAUCACUGGAUAUGAGACCAUCUUCAUGUGAACAGAAUGUCAGUGCUGUAUCUUCUAAUGUCGAUAUCAUACAUCAAAUAUCCACUACUGGGGAGUAUAUUACAUAUUACCGUAAAAAUAGGCCAAAAGAGAAACUCUUCUACUGUUCAGAAUGUGGCAAAAGCUUCAAUCGUAAUUCCCAUCUCAUAAGCCAUCAAAGAAGUCACACAGGAGAAAAGCCGUACUCGUGUCCUGAAUGUGGUAAACGGUUUAUGAGGAGUUCACAUUUGGUCAGACAUAAGAGGAUUCACACAGGGGAAAAACCCCAUUCGUGUUCUGAGUGCGGGAAACGCUUCAUUACAACCUCAGAUCUUGUGAUACAUCGGAGAACCCAUACUGGAGAAAAACCCUAUCAUUGCUCAGAAUGUGGAAAGAGCUUUAUCUGUAAUUCUGUCCUCAUCAAACAUCUGAGAACUCACACUGGAGAGAAACGACAUUGCUGCCCUGAUUGCGGCAAGUAUUUUACCACUAACGCCUAUCUUGUGGUCCACCAGAGAAUUCACACAGGAGAGAAACCAUAUAGAUGUACAGAAUGUGGAAAGAGUUUUACUUGUAAUUCAGUUCUUACCAAACAUCUAAAGAUCCACACAGAAAGGAAUAGCGAGUCAGAUCUUGUUAGACAUAAUAAAAGCCAGUCCAGGAAAAAACUUUAUCCUUGCAGUCAAUGUGGGGACAUUUUUUCUAAUAGCCUUCAAUUUUUAAGUCACCAGGAAAUUCAUUUAAGGGAAACAUAUCCUGAAUCAGAACUUGAUGGACACCAGACCAAUCCUGAAGAAGGAGAAAAAACAAAUUUUUGUUGGGACUGUGGAAAAUCUUUUUCCCAUAAAAGAUAUCUUGUUCUGCAUCAGAAACUUCAUAAAAGAGAGAAGCCAUAUUCCUGUACAGAGUGUGGGAAAUGUUUUACAAAAAGAGGAAAUCUUGCAAAGCACCUAGAACGUCACCAGAGAAAGAGAAUGUAGCGGUUCUCAGGUUCUUUAUGGUUUCUUGUUUACUUAAAUAACAAAAUCACCAAUCAAGUAUAGUUCUUUAUAAAGUUUAGAAAGCAUUUGAUAAAAAAAUGUAUUCUUAUUAAUAGAUGAAUGGCUGAUUGGAUUUGCUGUGGAUAUUUUAUAUUUGUACACCAAUAAAUAUUGUCAUAUUGGUGGGGUACCAGCUGCUAAGACCACUACCAAUCACAAGGACAGAAGUUUUCUUACAUUUAGCAGCAUAAAUGUGAGGAAAUUCAUGUAUUGGUUUGUUAUACUAAUAUUGCUAUUUUCUUUCUUUUAGCAGGUCCAGAGUAUAUACCUGGUAUUUAGAUAGUAGGUGGUCUCCAGUGUGUGAUUUGUAUACUGUUAUUCAGCAUGUCCUUUUUUUACUUUAAGAUACUUGGCUGUCUCCUGAGGUAGUGACAGCCAUGGUACUUGCCUUUAAAGGGGUAC